AUGCAGUCAGGCCUCUACGGCACCGGGAUCCAGUCCUACUUCACCUUCCUGCGCUUCCUGCUGACGCUCAACCUGCUGACCGUGCUCGUGACCGCCAGCUUCGUGCUGCUUCCCCUGGCCUGGCUGCGCCCGCCCGGCCCGGGCCCCGCCGUGAACUUCACCCUCCAGUGCCCUGGUGGACCCCAACCCCAGAAUGACCUUCCCAAUUUCCACAAUCAUUUCUGGAAUGUGUUGACUGGCAGAGCCUUCAACAACACCUACCUCUUUUAUGGCGGAUACCACGCGGGGUCCGAGGGCAGCUCAGUGUACAGCAUCCGCCUGGCCUACCUGCUGAGCCCGCUGGCCUGCCUGCUGCUCUGCUUCUGUGGGACCCUGCAGCGGAUGGUGAAGGGGCUGCCCCAGAGGCUGUUCCUGGGCCAGGACUACAGGUCGCCGCUCAGUGCCAAGGUCUUCUCGUCCUGGGACUUCUGUAUCCGGGGGCAGGAAGCCGCCACCAUCAAGAAGCAUGAGAUCAGCAACGAGUUCAAGGUGGAGCUGGAGGAGGGGUAUCGCUUCCAGCUGAUGCAGCAGCAGACCCGGGCCCAGAGAGCCUGCCGCCUGCUCACCUACCUGCGGGUCAACCUCCUCAUCGGGCUCUUGGUGGUCGGAGGCAUCAGCGCCAUCUUCUGGGCCACCAAGUUCUCACAGGACAACAAGGAGGAGCGUGUGUUUGUGCUACUCCAGUACCUGCCCCCUGGGGUCAUCUCCCUGGUCAACUUUCUGGGCCCCCUGCUGUUUGUCUUCUUGGUGCAGUUGGAGAACUACCCUCCUAACACUGAGGUCAACCUCACCCUCCUCUGGUGUGUGGUGCUGAAGCUGGCCAGCCUGGGGAUGUUCUUCUUCUCGCUGGGCCAGACCAUGCUCUGCAUCAGCGGAAACAAGACCAGCUGUGAGUCCUACGGCUACAACGCCUGUGACUACCAGUGCUGGGAGAACUCCGUGGGGGAGGAGCUGUACAAGCUGAGCACCUUCAACUUCCUGCUCACCGUGGCCUUCGCCUUCCUCGUCAGCCUGCCUAGGAGGCUGCUGGUGGAGCGGUUCUCAGGCCGGUUCUGGGCCUGGUUGGGCCGGGAGGAGUUCCUCGUGCCCAAGAACGUGCUGGACAUCGUGGCGGGGCAGACGGUCACCUGGAUGGGCCUCUUCUACUGCCCCCUGCUGCCCCUGCUCAACAGCGUCUUCAUAUUCCUCACCUUCUACAUCAAGAAGCACACCCUCCUGAGGAACUCCAAGGUGCCCCUUCGGAGGUUCCGAGCCUCUAGCUCCACUUUCUUCUUCCAGCUGGUGCUCAUUCUGGGCCUGCUUGUGGCCACCCUGCCCCUGGGCUACGUGGUCAGCAGCAUCCACUCCUCUUGGGACUGCGGCCUGUUUGCCAGCUACUCAGCCCCCUGGCAGGUGGUCCCGGAGCUGGUGGCCCUCCGGCUGCCGCCCCUCGGCCAGCGCGCCCUCCACUACCUGGGCUCCCAAGCGUUCAGCUUUCCCCUCCUCUUCCUGCUCAGCCUUGUCCUGACCGUGUGCGUCUCCCAGUCCCAGGCCAAGGCGAGGGCCAUCCAGGGGCUCCGGAAGCAGCUGGUGUGGGUGAGUGUCAGCUGGGCUGGGAGGGGCCUCGGUGACUCUGUGGGACCCGAAUCCCUUCAUUCUCGAUCUUCGCACCCACGAUCCUUCUGCCCUGGAUUCCCUUGCCCGGGUUCCCCGGGCCCCAUGUCCCCCAGGUCCCCCAGGUACCUCCCAGGGAGCAUCCUGGGAGACCCAGAGUAG